AUGCUGCUGCUGCUGCUGCUCCUGGGAGCUGCCACGAGCAGAUGUCUACACGACGAGACACAGCAGUCUGUGAGGCUUCUCAGGCCCCCUUUCUCCCAACUUCCUCUAAACUUCCGCUCCUCCUCCCUCAUCCUCCCUGGCUCGCGUGAUCCUCAACCCCUCCGAAUCCAAACCUGCUACAUAGGAGAUCCUGUAUCAGAUGGAGCUUGGGAUCCUGAGGGAGACGGGAUGAAAGGGGGAUCUCGAGCCCUGGCUGCAGUGAGAGAGGCCGCUCAGCGACUCCAGGGUGUCCUAGCAGUUCGAGGACCCCUGCUUCUGAGUCGAGACCCUGCACAGUACUGCCAUGCUGUCUGGGGAGACCCAGAUGCCCCAAACUACCACAGGUGCAGCCUCUUGAACCCAGGGUACAAAGGAGAGACUUGCCUGGGGGCAAAGCCAUCUAUCAUAGCCUAUGCCGCCUGCUGCCAGCUGGACUCAGAAGACAGACCCCUUGCUGGUACCAUUGUCUUCUGUGCCCAACAUCUCACCAGGCCCAGCCUCAGCCAUAGUGACAUCGUUAUGGCUACACUACAUGAAUUGCUCCACGCCCUGGGUUUCUCUGGACAGCUCUUCAAGAAGUGGCGGGAUUGCCCCUCAGGACCCAGUGUUAAAGAGAACUGUUCUACAAGGCAACAAGUGACAAGGCGAGAUGAGUGGGGACAGCUGCUUCUCACCACCCCAACUGUUAGCCGCAGCCUGGCCAAACACUUGGGAGUGCUAGGGGUCUCACCAGGGGUCCCCUUGGAAGAAGAGCAGGGCCCACUGUCUUCACACUGGGAGGCCCGGCUGCUCCAAGGCUCUGUGAUGAUUGCCACCUUCGAUGGUGCCCAGCGCACUCGACUCGACCCUAUCACCCUGGCUGCCUUCAAAGACUCAGGCUGGUACCAAGUCAACCACAGUGCUGCCGAGGAGCUUUUGUGGGGCCAGGGAUCUGGCCUGGAAUUUGGCCUGGUGACCACCUGUGGGACCGACUCCUCAGACUUCUUCUGUACUGGCAGUGGGCUGGGCUGCCACUACCUGCACCUGGACAAGGGAAGCUGCUCCUCAGACCCCACGCUGGAAGGCUGCCGCAUGUUCAAGCCCUUGGCCAAUGGGAGUGAAUGCUGGAAGAAGGAAAAUGGAGUCCCGCCUGGGGCAGAGAAUCCCCAUGGGGAGAUCUACCAUUUCCAGAGUCGUUGCUUCCUUGCCAACCUCACUUCACAACUGCUCCCUGGGGAAAAGACCAGGCAACCCUCUCAGAUCCCACCCCCGAAGGAAGUGGAGCUCGCAGGCCGCUGCUACUUACAUCAUUGCACAGAGAGGGGAGCAUACAAGGUGCAGGCAGAGGGCUCACCCUGGGCCUCAUGCCUUCCAGGAAAGGCUAUUCAGAUACCUGGGUACUAUGGUCUUCUCUUCUGUCCCCGGGGUCGGCUGUGUCAGACUAACGGAGGUAUCGAUGCUGCUACUUCCCCACCUGUCAGUCCUUCAACCCAAGACCUGGUUUUCCAGCUGGCUUUAGGAUUAGCUGGGCCCCCAGACCACUCUCUGGGGAAGGAAGAGCGAGAAGAGUUGACUGAAGCAGUCCUACAGGCUCUGGUGAGCAGAGGAGGCACUGGCAGGUGCUACUUCCAUGGCCCCUUGAUUACCACUAGCCUGCUGUUCACUGUGCAUAUGUGGAAGUCCCCUGGCUGUCAAGGGCCUUCGGUUGGUAUGCUGCACAGGACCUUGACCCUGACUCUCCAGAAGCAGCCUCUAGAAGUAUAUUAUGGAGGAGCCAGCUUUACCACAGAACACAGCAAGUUUCUGGUUACCUCGGACCAUAAUCCUUCCAUGACCUAUGUAGGUCUGUCCAUGGGACUCUGCCUAAUGCUGCUUCUCCUAGUGGGUGCACUGGGAACAGUGGCCUAUAAGAAACGAGCUACUCUUCAGGUGGGACCAUCUGCCCCUUACCAUUCACCAGGGCUCCAAAGCACAACAAGGAGCCCAGCUGGAGGAAUGAGGGAGGUGUGA